UGGGGCGGGAGAGGAGAGUCACUGCUCAGCCAGAGCCGCCAUCUUGGCUGCGUCCGGACUCGCUCCCGCUCCCGGGGCCUGUUCCUUUUCCUCGCAGCGCAAAGCGGUGGAAAGGGAGAAGACGAAGGGCCCGCCGGGGCGGUGCUGAUGCGCGCAGAGCCUCCUCGCACCUCUCCCAGGCGCCGCUAGCAAAGGGGGCGGGGGUGGUCGAGCGGUGACCGGCGCGGCCUCUUGUCUCCUCUGCCGUGAUGGGUCGGUCCCGCAGCCGGAGCUCGUCCCGCUCCAAGCACACCAAGAGCUCCAAGCACAACAAGAAGAACCGGAGCCGAUCGCGGUCCCGAUCCCGAGAAAAGGAGCGGGCAAGGAAGCGCUCCAAGUCCCGGGAGAGCAAGCGGAACCGGCGCCGGGAGUCCCGCUCCCGCUCGCGCUCCAAUACGGCCCCUUCCUCCCGGCGCGACCGGGACCGGGACCGCGACCGCGCCUCCUCCCCCCCCGACCGUAUCGACAUCUUCGGGCGCACGGUGAGCAAGCGCAGCAGCCUGGAUGAGAAACAGAAGCGGGAGGAGGAGGAGAAAAAAGCAGAGUUCGAGCGGCAGCGGAAAAUUCGUCAACAAGAAAUUGAAGAGAAACUCAUAGAGGAAGAAACUGCUCGAAGGGUGGAAGAACUUGUAGCUAAACGCGUGGAAGAAGAGUUGGAGAAAAGGAAGGAUGAGAUUGAGCGAGAGGUGCUGCGCAGGGUGGAGGAGGCUAAGCGCAUCAUGGAAAAGCAGUUGCUCGAAGAACUCGAGCGACAGCGACAAGCUGAACUUGCAGCACAAAAAGCCAGAGAGGAAGAAGAGCGUGCAAAGCGUGAGGAACUAGAGCGAAUACUAGAAGAGAAUAAUCGAAAAAUUGCAGAAGCACAAGCUAAACUGGCUGAAGAACAAUUGAAAAUUGUUGAAGAACAAAGAAAGAUUCAUGAGGAGAGGAUGAAACUAGAACAAGAGAGACAGCGUCAGCAAAAGGAAGAGCAAAAAAUUAUCCUGGGCAAAGGAAAGUCUAGGCCAAAACUGUCCUUCUCCCUAAAAAGCCAGGAUUAAAUUUCAACUCUGAACUCUUAAAAGAAAAAAAAGAAACAAACAAA